AUGCACAGGAAGCACCUCCAGGAGAUUCCAGACCAGAGUAGCAACGUUAGCACCAGCUUCACGUGGGGAUGGGAUUCCAGCAAGACUUCUGAACUGCUGUCGGGCAUGGGGGUCUCCACCCUGGAAAAGGAGGAGGUGGACAGUGAGAACAUUCCCCAAGAAUUGCUCUCAAACCUAAGCCAUCCGCAGAGCCCCCCACGGAAGCGGCUGAAGAGCAAAGGGAAUGACAAAGACUUUGUGAUUGUCCGCAGACCUAAGCUAAAUCGAGAGAACUUUCCAGGUGUUUCAUGGGACUCCCUCCCAGAUGAGCUGCUCCUGGGGAUCUUUUCCUGUUUAUGUCUCCCUGAUUUGCUAAAAGUCUCCAGUGUUUGUAAGAGGUGGUAUUGCCUAGCGUUUGAUGAGUCUCUAUGGCAGACCUUAGACCUCACAGGUAAAAAUCUGCACCCGGAUGUGAUUGGGCGGUUGCUGUCUCGAGGGGUGAUUGCCUUCCGCUGCCCACGAUCAUUUGUGGACCAGCCACUGGUUGAACAUUUCAGCCCUUUUCGUGUGCAGCACGUGGACCUGUCGAACUCAGUAAUAGAUGUGUCGGCCCUUCAUGGCAUUCUGUCUCAGUGCUCCAAGUUGCAGAAUCUAAGCCUGGAAGGCCUGCAGCUUUCGGAUCCCAUAGUCAAUAAUCUUGCUCAAAACUCAAAUUUAGUGAGACUAAACCUUUCUGGGUGUUCUGGAUUCUCUGAGUCUGCCCUGAAGACUUUGCUAAGCAGCUGUUGCAGACUGGAUGAACUGAACCUCUCUUGGUGUUUUGACUUCACUGAAAAGCACGUGCAGGUGGCUGUCGCACACGUAUCCGAGACCAUCACCCAGCUGAAUCUUAGUGGCUACCGGAAGAAUCUCCAGAAAUCAGAUGUCUCUACCUUAGUUAGAAGAUGCCCCAAUCUUGUCCACCUAGACUUAAGUGAUAGUGUCAUGCUAAAGAAUGACUGCUUUCAGGAAUUUUACCAGCUCAACUACCUCCAACACCUAUCACUCAGUCGAUGCUAUGAUAUAAUACCUGAAACUUUACUUGAACUUGGAGACAUUCCCACACUAAAAACACUGCAAGUUUUUGGAAUCGUGCCAGAAGGUACCCUUCAACUGUUAAAGGAAGCCCUGCCUCAUCUCCAGAUUAAUUGCUCUCAUUUCACCACCAUUGCCAGGCCAACCAUUGGCAACAAAAAGAACCAGGAGAUAUGGGGCAUCAAAUGCCGACUGACAGUGCAAAAGCCCAGUUGUCUAUGA